AUGGCAACGCCUGCUCCGGCUCCUGCAAGCCAGGACGACGCACAGGCUACAGCAAGCCAGGCCAACGCGGCAUCACCGGUUGCUGCCGCUAGCCAGGGCAACGCGGCAUCACCGGUUGCUGCCGCUAGCCAGGGCAACACAGCAUCACCGGUUGCUGCCGCUAGCCAGGGCAACACGGCCCCACCGGCCGCUGCCGCUAGCCAGGGCAACGCUGCCCCACCGGCCGCUGCCGCUAGCCAGGGCAACACGGCCCCACCGGCCGCUGCCGCUAGCCAGGGCAACGCAGCCCCACCGGCCGCUGCCGCUAGCCAGGGCAACGAUGCCCCACCGGCCGCUGCCGCUAGCCAGGGCAACACGGCCCCACCGGUCGCUGCCGCUAGCCAGG